AAUUUACUCACUCCCUUAACAAAACAAAAUCACAAUUUACUCCCUCCCUUAACAAAACAAAAUCACAAUUUACUUGCUCCUUUAACAAAACUAAAUCACAAUUUACUUGCUCCCUUAACAAAACAAAAUCACAAUUUACUUGCUCCCUUAACAAAACUAAAUCACAAUUUACUCCCUCCCUUAACAAAACAAAAUCACAAUUUACUCCCUCCCCUUAACAAAACAAAAUCACAAUUUACUCGCUCCCUUAACAAAACUAAAUCACAAUUUACUCACUCCCUUAACAAAAUAAAAUCACAAUUUACUCCCUCC